GCCUAUUUGUGCAUCUGCUCUUCCAAGUGUUCUUCAGCACUGAACAGAUGCCAACGAAGGUCCUUACCUUCUGGAAGGGAUGCCGGGAGCAACACGGCCUUGCCACCAGCCCCAACAGAUUUGCAGUGCGGACCCUGAAGUCCCUGCUGUGCCAAAAGCAGUACAAGGAUGUGGUGGUGUCAAUGGAACGCAGGUGUGGCUGGGACACGCUGCUCUGUGCUGACACCCACCACUAUGCCGUGGGUCUGCUGGCCAGGGAGAUGCGCCAUGCUUCUCUUGAGUUGUGUUCCAGUAUUGCACUCCACCUCCUCUGGCUGCUCAGCACACAGGAGCCACGCUGGGAUCUGCCUGCCCUGGCAUUCCUGGUGGAGGUCCUCGAGUGCCUAGAUUCAAGUGAAUGUGGUGACAGUGUUGUGGAGGUUUCAUCAAGGUACCUGCAGAGCGAGUGCAGGGAGAGGCGUCGCCUGGCGCUCAGGGCCCUUCUCGAGCUCAUUGACGAUCCCUCGAUGGCUGAAAAGAUGUGGCGCCUGACUGAAAGCCUCAUGGACCUACUGUGGGACAGUGAUGCAGAGAUAGCUGGGCUGACACUCAUCACACUCAGCUUUAUAUUCUUGCACAAAUCCAUUCUGAUCUCAACUCCCAUUGCCCUGCAGCUGGCUAAGGCGCUCCUGCCACUCUUUGACCAUGAAAAUAGCCAGGUACAGCUGCUCUCCAUAAAACUCUUUCAAGACAUGAUGGGGUUUUUGGAAAAGGGAGAAAAGCCUUUGGAAAGGCCUGUGCACCAGAGCCUGCUGCCACUCUUCUUCCACUGCCAUGAUGAGAAUCAGCGUGUGGCAGAGGCUUCUCGGGAAACGCUGAUUUGUGUGGCUGAGUUCCUGAGAAGGAGAGAUCUCGAGAAACUGGUGAAGAAGGAGAAACUCUGGAUUUUCGCCAACUGCCUGCUGGCAGAGGACAGGAGCCGAGCGGCCGAGCACCUGCGCCGGGCACUGCCCUACCUGCAGAGCCCACAGGAGCCCCUGCGAGAGGCGGCCGUCAGGUUCAUGGGGAUGGCCGGGCGGAGCUUGAGGGGGCAGCAGGGAGAGCUCCAGCUGAUCUCUGAGGCCCUUGAAGGAAUGGCUAAUGACAUCAGCAUCAGCGUUGGAAGCCUGGCAAUUCAGUCAUUGUGCAUACUGAAGGCAGAAGACCAGGCUCCCAUCCCAAUGUUCCAGAGGCUGCGAGAUCAGCUGCGCCGGGCAUGGAAGACACGACCUCGUCUGUCGUGGCUCGGCUGUCUGGGCUGCUGGGGCUCUGUGGAGGGCUGA